AUGGAUUUUGGGAAAUCGAACACAAUGUUUCUUGCAAUGAGGUCCAAUACUGCUCCUGAUGAGCGAAAGUGCGAAAUGCAUUUUCAGGCAAAUGUGUCUCGCAACACAGAAGGCCGUUUCAUAGUUAAGCUACCUACGAACGAUGACAAAAUGCAACAAUUGGGCGAGACACACGAAAUUGCGAAACGUCGUUUUCUCAGUUUAGAAAAACGUUUGUUAUUGCAACCUGAUGUAUGUGCACAAUACAGAAAGUUUAUGCAAGAGUAUAUCGACUUAAAUCACAUGCGCCGAACAAAACCUUCGGUAAAUCACGAAAUAGCCUAUUACAUGCCUCAUCACUCGGUUUUUGAAGAAACUAGCACUACAACGAAGCUAAGAGUAGUUUUUGACGCAUCAUGCAAAAGCACAUCAGGACUGUCAUUGAACGAUUCAUUGUCUUUACAGCGUAUUUUUUGGCGUGACUCUCCGCAAAAUGAGUUAGGGACUUACGAGCUGCUUACUCUUACAUAUGGCACUGCUCCAGCCUCAUUUCUUGCCAUCAGGACCAUACGAAAGCUCGCUGAGGAUGAAAUGAAUUCUUUUCCUAUCGGCUCAAAAAUAAUAUUGCGUGAUUUCUAUGUAGACGACCUACUUACAGGUGCAUCCACAUUCUCGGAGGCAUUGGAAAUAAAAAUACAAACGGUCGAAUUACUCACAAAGAGAGGUUUCGAUUUAGUGAAGUGGUCGUCUAAUCAUGCCGCUCUUCAGGAUUCACAAGGAUCUCGCAAGAAAAAAUUCAGUGUUGGACAGCAUCCAUCAUUGGAAAGGCCUACUAAACGUAGCAUAUUAUCUCGAGUAGUUUUAAUCUUUGAUUCCUUAGGAUUGUUAGGACCAUCGGUGGUAAUUGCUAAGAUUAUGAUUUGGAAACAUGUUCCCAGCCAAGAUAAUCCUGCUGAUUCGCUUUCCAGAGGCAUUAUGCCAGACAUGUUGCAUGAAUCGGCCAUGUGGUGGACUAGCCCGCCCUGGUUGAAGUUAGACGAAAACAACUGGCCCUCUGAGAAUUUUUCUGCAUCAAAUAUGGAAUUAUCCGAAGGAAGAAGUAUAGCUUUGAUAACUGAAACAGAAGCUGAACAGCAAUCUGAUAUUUUUGAGCGAUUCUCGAAGUUGUCACGCAUUGUGCGCGUUAUUGCGUUUUGUCAGAG